AUGGACGAGGACGAUGUAUUGGACUUGGGCUGUGAUGUUCUGCAGUCGGUCAUCGACCAAGUCAUUCUCAUAGGGAAACAGACGCGUAAUAACGCUUACGCCACGUUGGGAUGUGAGCUGUUUGUUCUAUCUCAGCAGAUCCCAGCUAUCAGCGAGACAACCCUUGCGCGACAAAGAUUGUUGAAGAUAUUCAAGAUUAUAGCUAAAGCGUGCUCAAAGUCGCGGAAUGAAGCCGAUCGCUUUCAGGCUCUGGGCAGAAUCCGCAGUUAUAAAUUUUUUACGAGCAAUAUUGAACAGACUGUGAUCAGAGAGACACAGGAAAGCCUGACACAUUUUGUCCGACACAGCCCAGAAUACAAUGCUCUCUUGCGACUAAUUUCCGACUGUUCCACGGUGGACGAGACGGAGCCGCUAUAUACGGAGGAAUACCAGGACGAUAACGAUAUCGGAUACUCAGGGUACCUGAACCAAGUCCUCUACACUCAGUUACAGACCUACGCCAAAUGUGGCUGCCGCACUGUUCACUUGGAGUCGACUCGACUGCGACUGAGUACUGACAAUCAAAUCUGUGACGAUGAUGUUUCCUUUGAGCUCGCCUUCAAGGCCAGCCCUUUCCCACCUACGAACUCUCCAUCAUUUGUGCAGUGGAAGGCGUCGAUUGUGAAAGUCCCAAGACAGACUGAUAUCCAGAAGAGCAAGAAGAAGGUUGGGUUUGCAUCCCCAUAUCGUGAUUUAGUAUCGCCGAAACGCAAUAGCUCGCUCUUAUCCCAGAGAUUGAGACCGCUAGAGCGGGGGGAAUUCUGCAAGUUGAUCGACAAUCGCAUUGGCUGGCCCGUUCAGUUUUGUAUUCAAUCAAACGUGCUGCAAGUGAUCGAACCACCUGAUCCUAAGCCCAGCCGUCGCAUUUGCCCCUUUGAAGGACUUUCACUAGGGAAAUGGCUUGGACAAAUACCUCAUCUCUCGAAUAAGAGAAAGUCUCACCUAGCCUACACCGUUGCCAAGUCCGUCUGGCAGUAUUACAAUUCACCGUGGAUGAUGGUGCCCUGGAAUCACGAGAGCAUUCAACUGCUAAUUGAAGAAACUGGCCUGGCAGAUCAGGGAAGACCACAUCCAUAUCUGACAGCAAACAUGGCCCGAGCGGUGGUUACUUCUACGGAUUGCUAUAAUGCCGAUAAUCUCAUGCACCAAUACCCAUACAUUCUAGCAUUAGGGGUUCUUCUUAUCGAGAUUGCCAUCAAGCAGCCCUUGACAAGUGAAGAAUGCCCUCAUCCCUUCUGUGAAACUGUGGUUAACGACUACUAUACAUGGGCGUGGACAACGGCACACAGAAGCAAUUGGAAGGACACGGUGCAUUAUAUGUACGAUGAGGCUGUUAAUAACUGUCUCAACCCUGAGCUAUUUGGUGGCGUCUCGAUACAACAGUACGGAGAUAUGCAGCAGGUACUGGCCCGACAGAACGUUUUAUACGAGAAGAUUGUUUUGCCAUUGAAGAGAUUGUCUGAAGUCUAUCAAGAUGACAGGGGUAUUCAGAGCGCUCCUACCGCGAAAAUGCUGGGGACAGUCGCUCACCAUGUCAUUUCAAAGACUUUCAUUGCCUCACAAUUCCCCCAUCAAGCAAAUUUUACGGUCGCAAUAUUCUGUGCUUUGCCGCUAGAGGUUAAUGCUGUCAGUGCUCUGUUUGAUGAAAGAUUUGAAGACUUCAGCCUGUAUCGAAAUUCACCGGGAGACUCGAACACGUACACACUCGGUCGAAUGGGUCGCCAUAACACCGCAUUGGUACAUCUUCCGGGAAUGGGAAAAAGUGCUGCGUCUCAAGCAUCCUCUUCAAUACGGUCAACCUAUCCGAACAUAAAGCUCGCCCUGGUGGUCGGAAUCUGUGGUGGGGUUCCAUAUGGAAAGGAGAGCAAGGAGAUCCUCCUCGGAGAUGUGAUAGUCAGUGAUGGGAUUAUCCAGCAUGAUUUCGGGCGAAGGAUUCCUGGGGCAUUUCUGCCUAAAGCGUCGGUUGCCGAUGGGUUGGGGCGGCCCAACGUCACUAUAAGAGGUUUCCUUUCGAAGAUAAAGACAAUCAUGGUACAACAGCGUGUUUCGAACAAAGUGAAGGAAUAUAUGGGAGUUAUAACUCAGACGCUUGGCAAUGACACUGCUCGAUAUCCAGGAGUGGAACAAGACGAACUCUACGAGCCAAGCUAUCAGCAUAAACACCGUAGCAGCACCAGCUGCAUCAGAUGCGCAGACUCGACCAACACUACGGUCUGCGGCGAGGUGUUUGAUCUACCAUGUCAUGAAUUGGGAUGCGGGAAAGAAUACCUUGUCAAACGGAAGCGUCUUCAGGCUGCACUUACACAGGGGCAUACUCCGGCAAUCCACCUAGGUCUCAUUGCAUCGGGGGAUACUGUCAUGAAGUCUGGACAAGACAGAGACCUCAUCGCCAUGCGUGAAAAUGUGAUAGCGUUUGAAAUGGAGGGUGCAGGGGUCUGGGAUAGUCUGCCUUGUCUAGUGGUGAAGGGUGUUUGUGACUAUGCCGACAGCCAUAAGAAUAAAGUAUGGCAACCGUAUGCUGCAGCGACAGGAGCGGCCUGCAUGAAAGCUUUACUCGACGAGUGGACAUUUUGA